AUUCUGAUUGUGAAGUAAUACUGAAAUUGUAACAUAUUUUAUAAAAGUUUUUGUGAUUGUAAAUUUUGACAGACAUAUUCUACUUUUUCAUCAUGGACUUGGACGAAGAAAUCAGACGACUUGAAGAAGAAUUAAAACGUAAAAAAGAGCAAAGAAGAAAAAUACAAGAACUGGGAAAUAGUGGUGUGUUACACACCCAGCAAACUGAUGAGAAUAGUCGUUCUACAAAAAAGUCGACGGAUUUCACAACAGAAGAUACCAAUCAACACAUUAAAGAUGUGAAUGAGGAAAGUAUGUAUGCAAAGAAAGGGGAACAAAUAGAUACAGAAACAACAAAUAAGUCUUUUCUGGAGAAGACUUUUCAAAAAAGAUCGGGGACUACCGAUAAAGGAAAAAAAUACGAAGAUAUGAUUAUGGCUAACGUCAUACUUCAAAUGGUAAGCGACACUAAAAUAGCCGAUUUCAACAUUUCGUCGAAUGAUGCAAGUUUUGGUGAUUUCGAUGACGUAGUAAUACAAAUUGAGACAGAUCGAGGUAUUGAAACAACAGCAAUGCAAUUAAAACACAGCAGUCGAGGAAAUUUAGCGAUCCAACAACUAGCAAGCAAAAGGGGAGAUUUUAGCAUAAGCAAGUAUUUCAAUUCUGCACAAAAUUUACUGGACAAAGCGCAACAAUUUAUAUUAUUUACCAACAAUAAAUUGAAUAUUCCGGACAAACCAAAGUUCAAACUAGAAGGAGAAGAGUUUUACCUAGAAUCGAAAAAAGUUUUACCUUCAGAAAGCAGUUACGAGGUUUCAGAAAUCUCUAAAAAUGUGAAUUAUUGCUACAAAUUUGAAAUUAUAGAAGAUCAGCGGACUAAAGAAAAUUUAGAAAAAGUUCAUCAAUAUCAGACAUUCUUUGACCGCUUUCGUUUAUACACCAACCAAGAGCCUUUGGAAACUCUUACGACAUCAACGAUGGAUAGAUUUACUAAGAUGUUUUGUUCUAAUGAAGAAAUAUUCAACGCAUAUUUUAAAUUCAUAUCGGAAUGGAGUAUGAAACAAGGAACGAAGGAAAAACUAAGCAAAAAAUUAACGCAACGUUUAAUUGCACUUCGUCUGCUUUCUCCUCAUAUCGAACCUCUUGCUUUUGGUCCGGUGAGUGACGAAAUGACUAUCCUUCGAGACGCUAUUUGUCAUUUCGACAUCACGUUAUUGGGAAAAGAAGGCAGCAACGAAGUUAAAAAAUUAUGGGGCGACUUGAACAAAAAUAUUGAUCUCAAAGAACUAAACCAAGUGCGAUCACGAUAUUGUCUUUCUUCUGCUAAUAUAUCUACUGUCGAAAAUCUUGACGCCAAUAUGCUGUCCCAAUUGUUAUGGUUGAUGGACAAAUGUCCGUUAAUCGUAAAAGAACACGAAAAUGUCGAAAAAGCUAUUCAGCUCUGUCGUGAUACAAAGUUUGUUUUACUUGGUGAAGGAAAAUGUAAAAAGUGGAUGAAAGUUCGGUCCCUAUUUCACAACUUGUCAGAUUUGGAGUCAAAACUUGAAUCAUUUGAAAAAGUGUUAAAAAAAUUUACUAUUUCGUUGCAAGGAAAAAACGCGUUUAAUUUGGAAACUGCUUUCGAGCAAAAUGAAGACUUUUUAAAGCACGUAACUGUGAACAAACUUUUAGAAAUGUCAAACGGUUCGUGCUAUAUAGGUGGGCAAAAGGAAACUUUUCCCAAUAUUUAUAUCGAUAGAUAUUUGUCGGUCAAUAUUAUAGAUAUUAAAUAUUUAGAACAUGUUAAUCAAAACACUGUUAUCGUUCUCAACUGCGAAGAAAAUUUGGAGCAAUUAAAAGUAUCUAAAAAGCACAUUCUGCUAGAUAUAAACGAUUUUCUCAGUAACAGAGAUUCCAAAAUUUCCCGCACUCCAGUUAUUAUAAUAACUAAAAAUAAAUGUAGCGAAUCUGAAUUUCACAAAAUAUGUUCCAAAAUAAUAGACUCCAAAAUUGUGCAUCAUUUUAAUUUUCUUAAUAACAAAACUUUAGAAUGGAUCCGAAGUAGAGGGGACAUUAGUGAAUUGCGAAAUUAUAAGUUAAGUGAUCAUUCCAAAAACGAGAAAGAAUUUUGGUCUUUCGAUUUAAACAACAACAUUAAUUUAAUAACCGGCGAUCCCGGAAUGGGCAAAACUGAGUUGACAAAAAGUUUAAAAAACAACUGUUGUUCUAAACAUUGGACGGUGAUUAUGACUCCUCAAGACAUUAAUUCAUUGUGUAAAACUUUACAAACUUGUGACGUAUCAGAUUACUUAAAUCGGUUCGAAUCAUUUAUCUUAAACGAAAAAUAUCGACAUCUUGAACGGUUCGAUCGAGAAUUUUUCAAAAUGUGUUUGGUGCAAAACAAUGUUGUUUACGUGUGGGACGCUCUCGACGAAAUUUUAACUAUAAAUUUGGACGUUGUUUCAGACUUGAUUCUUAUAUUAUCUCAGAAAGGUUUCAUUCAGUGGGUUACCGCACGACAACACUUAAUGUCGUUUCUUGAAACAAAAUUUAAUGUACUGUCGAUGGGUAUUAACCAGUUCAGCGAGACCGAGCAAGAAGAUUAUAUUAGAAAACGUUUUUCCAGUAUUAUUUCGUCCGACGACAUGGAAAGAACGAUUGAGAAAAUUAAAUCCACGUUUGCGUUCACAAAACAUAUCGAUAUUCUGGGGAUUCCGCUUCAGAUAUAUAUGCUUACAGAGAUCUUCCGUCAAAAUAAAGAAAUAUAUUUAGAAUUAUUGAACAACAAGUUUAUCUUGACUGAUUUAUAUCGUUAUUUUAUUGACGGAAAAUUUAAGGCGUUCUUUGGAGGGAAGGUGCCUCUAAACGAUGACUAUUGGGAAGAAGACGUCCGGAAGAAGAAAGAAGAAAAAUUAAAGCAGUACGAAAAGUUUGCACUUGAGUUAAUGUUUCCUGAAGAAAGUUUGAAGCAAUUAAAGAUCGACUGUUCACGAGAUGUAAAUUUAGUUUCUGAAGAUUUUGCAACUGUUGGUAUCGUCACUGGAUUACCAAACGGCAUUCCGCAAUUCGUGCACGCGUCCUUUGCCGAGUAUUUUGUAUCCUUAUAUUUUUCUAGAAAUUUUGAAGUGUUACAACCAGGCAUAUUUUUUGAUCAGAAGUACAACAAUAUACGGUUUUUCUUCGACAUGUUAGUUGGAGAAAAAUCACCAGCGCACAUCGCUAUCUUGUACAGAGAUUUUGCUGAAUUAAGGAAUUUUAAUCACGGAAUAAUAAAGCGUAAAGAUGAGUGUGGAAGAAGUGGUUUACAUUUGAUUUGUUCUUGGGGACAAAGAUAUCCACGUUUAAAUGUACAUGAAAGCAAUGAUGGUUACGUAAUCGAAGACGGUAAUAGGAGAUUUAAUGAUUUACUUGAAACAAGAGAAUAUUUUGAUGCAUUGCUAUUUGUGUUGAACAUAUGUGAAAUGUCAGAAGAUUUAUUAUUUAAAAUCACGCCUCUAGAAUGUUCUCGAGAAAGUGAAAGUUUAGGCGCGGAGCUGCAAUUAUUAGAGUCGGGAAAAUUACAAAUCCAACUGUCGUAUAGUAAAAAUGAUAGAAUUAAUAUUUUAUAUCAUUCUGCUCGGUUAGGAUACGAGGAAGUGAUUAAGUUGGUUACUUCCGAAAAUUUUGGCCCUUGUUACAAAGAAGUCAAUUUUAGGACUGCAUCUUUGGGUGAAACUCUUUUGUCGGUGGCUUCCAAGAAGGGAAAUACUACUGUUGCAGAAUAUUUAGUAAAGUGCGGAGCGGAGAUAAACCGUGCUGAUAGAAAGGGUCAGACACCACUUUACGCAGCUUCCGUGACCGGUCAGGAAAAAACUGUCGAAUGCUUGGUCAAAUGGGGUGCCGAAAUCAAUCGCAUUGAUCAACUGGGUCGAACACCGCUUUGGGCAGCUUCCUGGUACGCUUACAACGAAAUAGUCCAAUUUCUAGCGAAAAAUGGAGCGGAAACCAAUACUGCCGAUAAUGAGAAUCGGACACCACUUCACGCAGCUUCCCGGAACGGUAACGAAAGUAUUGUCGAAUGCCUAGUGAAAUACGGAGCCGAAAUAAAUCGCGCUGGUAGAAUGGAUGAAAUUCCACUUUACGCAGCUUCCUGGUACGGUCACGAAAAAACUGUCGAAUGCAUAGUAAAAUGCGGAGCCGAAGUCAAUCGCACUGAUGAAGAUGGUCGGCCACCGCUUUACGCAGCUUCCUGGAACGGCCACGAAAAAAUUGCUGAAUACCUAGUGAAAUGCGGAGCCGAAAUCAAUCGCGAAAAUAGUAAUGGUGUGACACCGCUUUAUGCAGCUUCUGAGAACGGCCACGAGAAAACUGUCACAUGUCUAGUGAAAUGUGGGGCCGAAAUCAAUCGCUCUAAUAAACGUGGUGGGACACCGCUUUUCGUAGCUGCUUUGAUGGGUCACGAAAAAGUUGUUGAAUGUCUAGUGAAACAUAGAGCGAAAAUCAAUAGUGCUGAUAAUGCGAGUCGGACACCGCUUUACAUAGCUUCCUGGAACGGCUAUGAAAACAUAGUCCAAUGUCUAGUGAAAAAUGGAGCCGAAAUCAAUGGCACCGACAAUGCGGGUCGGACACCGCUUCACGCAGCUUCCCGGAACGGUAAUCAAAAUAUUGUCGAAUGUCUAGUGAAAUGCGGAGCUGAAAUCAAUCGCGCUGAUAGUGAUGGUUGUACACCACUCUAUAGAGCAUCCGAGAAUCAACACACGAAAGUAGCGGAAUUUUUAUUAGCAAAUGGUGCACACUGAAUUUACCUUCUCACAGACUCUCCAAGAAAGGGCAACAUCUUCCACACACUUGUAAUUGUUUUGGUAGCAUUCAAUUACAAAAACAGUUGUUGUAAACUCAGUUUUCCCAAUCCCAUUUUCAAAUCCCAUAAUGAUAUGAAUUUUAGAUAAAUUUUAAAUGGAAUUUUACUUUCACUACAGCACGUGAUAAAAAUCCGGAGACCCAGGUGGCCAUUCUAUUGGUCCACGUCUUCCGAUCCACCUUCUAAGAAACUGAUUAUCCAAAAAACCCUUACAUUUACGCCAUAAUGUGGUGGUACAUUUUUUUAUAUAAAUUCAAACGAAUUUUCUUAUUAUAAUAAAAAAAACCAUUGUAAUGAAAUUAAAUAAACAAAAAUUUAUUGUUAUAAUUAAUGAAAUUUUCUUAAUUUGUUGCAAGAUUUUUAGAUCAACGAACAAGUUGGUGAACAUCUUAAUUAAUUUUAGAUUUGUCCAUACUAGUGCUUAACCUAAAAGAAAACAGUUAUAUUUAUUACAGUAUGUUUUGAUUUUCGAAGUAAUGCCCUCCCUGGAAUGCAAACAUGCAAACAUUUUAUUGUAAGCUUUAAACCUUAGUGUUUUACAGGCUAAGAAUUUAGUUAGCUAGUAUUAAGAACAACGCGAUAUAAUUAGUUCCAAGAUCAAUAGUAAAUUUAUUUUGUACUCAUAGUACUUAUAAAAUGUCCUUGUUUUCCGAAACAACUAUAUAAUAUAAAAUGUGAUGCGACUGA